GCACUGCUGUAAUCAGAGCACGGGGCAACCGGCUGCUAAAGUACUCUGUUUGGCUUGUUGGUGGUUUGUCAGUUGAUAUUUAAAAUAUAUUUAUGUUCUUGAAGAGUAGCUGUGAGUGACACGUCCACAUUUUAAUCGCCACGUUGCUGCUAAUCGGCGUUAUUUAACCGGAAACAGACCGGAAGCGGUGGUUUUCCAGCAUUAACAGUAACGUAACGUGCGUGGCUAGCAUCAUCUAGCUGCUGCGUCACCUUUUAAACUCUGCUGUUAAAGAGCUGCCGUCUUUAUUGGAGCUCUGCGGAAGCUGCUCCUCCUCGGUGUGGGACUCAGAGCAGGAGCAUCAGGACCUCCUCACAGGGAUCAUGUCCAGACGCAGCCUUCGGCUGGAGGACGGCCUGUUGGACCGUAGUCUUCCUCACAGCAGCGCCUCCUUCAGUGUGGGAGGACCCAGCUGGAGGAGCAACAGGUCGUUGAAGUCUCGUCGCUCCCAGCAGCACUCCGCCUCCUGCUCAGAGUCUCUCCUCCUCGACACUCCUCGUAGAGCGACUGGCCCGUCGCUCCUCAGCAGCAGCGUCCACAGCGUGGCGUCCGAUGCCUCCCUUCUGUCCUCCCUGCUGGACGAGUCCUCCGUGCACGAGUCCACGCUGGUGGACACCUUCUGGGGUUUGGACCAGGACAUCGACCCCAAAGAGAGCACCGUCCUCGCUGAUCGUACUCUGGUUUCAGAAGUCCGCUGUCCCAAACACCUUGUCCCGACGCUCAACAGGGUUCACUGUAAAGACUGUGAGCAUCAGACUGUCGACACCUACCGCUCCGCCUCCAAGUACACCUCCUCCUCAGAGCCCGAGACCUCCACCAUCUACUGCAGAGACCGGAGCCGAAAGAGCAAGACAGAUGUUCUGCAGCUGUGGUUCCUCUCCGUUCUGUUGUGUGUCAGGAUAGCUGCCACCGGCUGUGUGUGCGCGCUGACACACACCUGGCAGGUGUGUCGGGAUGUGUUCUCACAGAUCAACACACAGACUGAAAGCAGACAUGGAGCUGGAUCCGGUCUCUGUGGAGUCAUGGACCUGAGAGGGACCAACCAGAAGGAGCUCCGACCCAGCGGAUCUCUGUGUGACGACUGUGAGGAGAAACAACGCUCCUCUUCCUCCUCCUCCUUGUGGUCCUCAGUGGCUUCCUGUCUGUUGGGGUUGAUGUGGAGCGCUGCUGUUGUCACAGCUUCCGGUCUCUGUCAGCUGACUCACUCUGCAGCUUCAGCAGUUUGGCCACUGACCAAGAAAAUGUUUUCAUCCUCUCUGAGCGCCGGACGCUCUGCAGGUGAGGCAGCAGGUGACGUGUACAGGAGGAUCAACAGACGAUUGCGUCACAUGACCUCCAGCUUCCUCCCGACCUGGUUUCCUCUCAGACUCCUCCUGGUUCUCCUCCUGCUGCUCCUCCUCUUCAGCCUGUGUUGGUUCGGUCCAGUUGCUCUUCACUCCGUCCUUCCAGCCAUCUCCAUCACAGACUGGGGGACGCUGGUCUCCGACCCCCCUGGUCUGUCCUCCGUGAGCCGCUUCCUGUCCUUCCAGAGCCGACCAGCAGAGGGCACCGUGGAGGAGUCAAGGGAGGUGCAGCCGCCCGACAGUCCACCUCCAGCUGGAGGAGAGGAGGAGGAGUUGGCGGCGGACGAGUCGAUCCGGCUCCUUCGUCUGGAGGAGAGUCUGGCGGCGCUGUGGGAGCACGUGGAGGCCGGAGGGCAGCGGGCGGAGCAGAGACACACAGAGUUUCUCCGGCUCUACGCAGACCUCCAGCAGCAGCAUCAGCUGGUCUCUGAUCAGAGCCACGGAGAGGAGGCGGAGCCCUGGAGGAGGGACCAGCAGCUGGAGCUGGAGCGGCAGCUGGAGCAGCUCAGCAGACGACUGGACGAGGACAGACAGAAGACGGAGAAGUCUCUGCAGCAGAACGCGUUGCAGCAGCAGAGUCAAACCUCUCGUCUGGAUCAACUGGAGCUGCAUCUGCAAACGCUGGCAGCCAGAUCAGAGGAGGUGCAGCGGAGACGAGAAGCUGCUGCGACACUCUCACCACCAUCAUCAUCAUCAUCAACACUUCUAGCUACUGUCGGUGGUGGUGUGGACCGUCAGUCCCAUGAUGCCUUGCUGGCAGAGGUUUCUCGGUUGGAAGUGGCUCUGGAGGUCGUCAGGCGUGAUGUUGAUGGUUUGUCUGGGUGUCAGGACGGCUGCCGACAACUCGACAGCAUCCAACAGACGAUUUCAGCGCUGGUCUCCACUCGGGUCCAUGAGGAGGUUCGGGUUCUGGUCUACGGCAACCAGCUGACGGUGGGGGGCGGGGCCACUGGAGACGGUGCCGGCCUUCCGGAGUCGCUCAUCCAGUGGCUGUCGCAGCGGUACGUCAGCGCGGCUGACCUGCAGGAGGCGCUGUCCUCUCUGGAGCUCAGCAUCCUCCGGAACAUCGGCCUGCAGCUGGAGCAGCACCGCGGUGAGGAGACGGGCAGAGAGGCUGUGCUGCACGCCACUGGGGACUCCAUGACCCAAGAGGACGUCCAUGAGAUCGUGAAGAACGCUCUGCGCCUGUUCUCUCAGGACCAAACCGGCAUGGCGGACUUCGCUCUGGAGUCUGGAGGGGGCAGCAUCCUGAGCACUCGCUGCUCGGAGACCUACGAGACCAAGGCGGCGCUGCUCAGCCUGUUCGGACUUCCUCUCUGGUAUUUCUCUCAGUCUCCUCGAGCUGUGAUCCAGCCGGACCUCCAUCCAGGAAACUGCUGGGCCUUCAGAGGCUCCACAGGCUUCCUGGUGAUCCGACUCUCCAUGAGGAUCCUCCCCACUGCCUUCUCUCUGGAGCACAUCUCCAGAACCCUGGCACCCAGCGGGACUCUGCUCAGCGCCCCGCGAGACUUCACCGUCUACGGUCUGGAGGAUGAAGGUCAGGAGAGGGGGAAGCUGCUGGGCUCCUACACCUACGAUGAGGACGGAGAGGCUCUGCAGACCUACCCGGUCACCGAGGAGAAUGACGCAGCCUUCCAGAUCAUUGAGGUACAGGUGUUGUCCAACUGGGGCCACCUGGAGUACACCUGCAUGUACCGCUUCAGAGUGCACGGGAUGCCCAGAGACGCCUGAGGACGCCGCAGACCUUCAGUCCCGUUAUCUAAAGAUGGUGGAGUCCCGGCUCACUGUGCCUGAGUCUCUUCACACUGAGACCAAACUCCUCUCCGAGUGUUGUCAGUUUCCUGUGGAAAAAAAGGACACGUGAAGUAUAAUUCUUCUGUCAGUAGUUAAUAUUUUUUAUAUAUCAGUGUUUCAUAUUUGCUGUGUUAAAGGUCCGUCAUGUUUUAGCCCGUUCUUCUUUUAUCGGUUACGUUACUGCGGUGCGGUAAAGUAGAUGUGAGCAGAAAAUGUCUUCAUGUCCGUCCUGAUACAUCACUCACAGGCCCAUAUGUAUAUUGAAUCUGUUUUUGGUCGCUGUAGUUCGUGUACUCGCUUAUACUGGUGGUGAAGAGGUCCCUUUAACUAUCCCUGAUUUUUAAUGUGCGUGAUGUGGAACUCUUUCUAUUUUAAAAAUACGUUUUCAUCUGAAGGUGAUGUGACUCUUCAGCAUUUUGAGACAAAAGGAACUGCAAAUCUUUUGUUGGUCUUUACAAAAUAAAAUGUCCUCUGUGUUUCCACAUUCACCACAGAGGACUUUUAUAGUAAAACGAGUAGAAGAUGGCAUCUUUACUGGUGGACUUUUUAUUCCCUAUCACAGGAGGGGAAGUCUUCUAUGAACGGAGGAACAAUUGGCACCAUAAAACUGCCAAAUGUACAACUUGUUUUAAGAUAAACUUGAGAACAUUUGAACCAAUCCUUUUUAAAACGUCUUCAUAAACACUGCCUCAACGUUUGAGUUUCAAUAAGUCAAGUCUCUCACAGCUGCAGUGCUAAAUGAUAAUGGUAAAAAAAUAUAUAUAUUUAAUCUCUGUUCUGAUGAGGCGUCAGGCUGAGGAAUUCUGAAGUUUCAAAAAUGGAAGUCAAAGUACAUUACCAGUCAAAUAAAUAAUAAUAUUAACUGCACUUAAGUCUAAUUACCUGCUGUAAAAUUCCAUGUUUAUUUAUUUUUGUCUUGAGGUUGAUUUCUAUUUUUUUUAUUAACGAUUGUUGUGAAAUGUGUUGGGACCACUUUUAUUUUUUACAUAAAACAUAUGUUUUUGUAUGUGAUUUCAAGCUGGACAUAAUAAAGCUGUAAGAUGAGAUACAAUAUACUUCUAAAUCUGUCUUUGGCUCCGAACAGCUGCAUCACACGUGAUCAUACGUACACUCAUCUUUAAUAUACAAC